AUGGUGACGGCCAUGUUUUCAGACUUUACCUCGUCCGAUCGCCGCAAGAAGGUCGUCUACGGAAAAUCCUCCCGUUUAUCUGCUGUUCUGCCACCUGCACCCGACGCCAGCGACGAUGCGCCUCCGUCUCCAGACCGACCCCGAAAACAGUCCGUAGCUUCUAAUGGAGCAUUGGAGGGUAUUGGAGGGACAACAAAGAGUGCGGACAGCUUGGGGAACAGCCUGGGGAAUCCACGGGCAAAAACAGACAAUGUCGACAUUUUCGACAUACCCGAUGACGAUGAGUUCGUGGCGCGACCGAAACCUAUCAAGAAGUUGGCAGUGAAGUCGAGGGCACCUGAGAAAACUCAAACUGCGCCAGUCGUCCAAAGUGAAAAUUCCCGAGAGUCAAAGAAGCUGGCAAAACCGAUAGAGACUUUGCGUAAGCCUGAAGCUGCGAAGCCCGAUGCAGCACCCAAGAAAACACAGAAGCCUGCUCAGUUACCGAAGCCUCCACGCGCGCCACCACCCUCCUCCACGAAUCCAGCCGCCCCUCGGACACUGCGUGCAAAGACGCCUCAGCCCUCUGAACUACCCAAAUCGACUGUGAAAAAUGGUGGAUUGGCACAACCGACAGUGGGCAAAGCAAAGGCGGUCUCGCAAGCAACUGCUUCUGUUCCGUCAGAUGCAGUCAAAGCUCAGAGUAAUGGGAAAUUAAGUACAGUACUCCCUACAAAGAAGCUGGCAGUGAAGCCUACAGCCAAACCAAAGCAGGAUUUGAGCGUGUUUGACGUGCCGUCAUUAGGAGAUGAAGCACCAGCAACAGUCAAGAAGGCGCCGCGUCAAAUUCAAGCAGCAAAGAAGAAGGAGCCCGCGAAGAUACCCCCACCAGCAUUUGAGGUCAAUCAAAAACAGGAUUCAGAGUCGGACGAUUCGAGCGAGUCACGGAAGCGGAAGCGUGGAGGUUCUGUCUCCUCUACUGCCACUGUGGCCAAGUCAACGUCGCGCAAGAAGGCUGAAAGCUCUGUUCCUCCACGAAGUCGCAAGUCUCAGAAGAAAGAAGGCCAUGAUUCUCCGGGCUACACACCACAGGCUCAGACAAACGCAAGCACGGCUCGCAAGAAUCAAUCUGCAAUGGUACAAUCUACAGCAUCGAUGGCCAAUAAAGCAAGGAGGACCAACCAACGUACUGUACCAGUACUGGGACCACCGAAAACAAUCAAGGGCCAAUCUUCGCCAGCUAUGCUGAGCAGUAUGCUUCCCAAUCGCCAACCAGCCAAGCCAUCUCCCAUAGCCGAAGCUCCUUCAGCUUCUGAACUAGACGAUCAGACCAUGUAUGAUAUUCCAGAUCCACUUACGACACCUGUUCGCGCGCCAAAGAUCUCUGUGGCUGGCUCGACAACCCCACGACAAAGGACUCUCUUUGGCGGCUUGUUAGGCGAUUGUUCACCGUCGGGCACACCGAUGCCUAGCAUAUCCAGUUUGCAGUUGACAGACAAGAAACCAAAAUCGCUCAUUGGGAGCCUGUCAAGAUCGAAAUCCGACAUUACACACAGUGCUGAAGCGCGCAAGACCAGGCUCAUCGACACACUCAAGCCAGUCGAGAGCAGCUCAGAUGAAGAAGAGGACGAGAGUAGUAGCGAAGGCACAAGUGAAUUGGAAGAAGGCCAGGACGAAGCUCCAGUUACACAGCGGCCUGCACGAGCAUCCGUGAAUGCACGUCCAGCAGCCAAUUCCGCUUCUGACGACAUGGAUGUUGAUGUGCAAGCAAAUGGCGAAUCGCAAACGUCACAGGGGACUUCUGGGUAUGGUAUGCGACCCAAGCUCACGUACGCCAUGUCACGAUCAUAUCUACGGGAAGCCAACCCAGAAGAUGACUUGCUAAUCAACAUGGACCUGGAUGAUGAUUUUGGCGCCCACUCGCAAUCUAGAGAUAGUGUGUCUGUGUCAGAGGACGAGCCUGACGCGGCGAGUCAAGCACAAGCUCAUCAUGAGCUGAAAAGCCGAGGGCGCAACUACGUGUUCCAGCAGGAGGCCCAGUCGAUGAUUGACGAUAUUUCGAGUAGCACGUCGAGCAGCAUACGGCGAAGCGCCAUGAUGGAAUUGUGUACCAAGAUGGCCAACGAGACGUUUUGUAGUCAGCUUCUUGACUCGCCGUUGGCCCACCAGUUCUUCCGCAAUAUUUCAGUUGGAGGAGAGAUUAUCUUUGACUUUGCUGUCGCUGUCGUCAUCGUCUUGAUUCUGCGUACCAAGCCUAGCUACACUGUUCUAGACCAGGUGCACGACAGUGGCAUUCUCGGCAACUUGACCAAGCUCCUUGGUAAGGACGCGGACAUUCAGAAGAUUGCAAGGGAUCGCAAGACGAAUCUGUCAAAGAUAGCCAGAGAUGCGAUGAUGAGUCUCCGCGGCUUGGUCCAGCAGUGUUCUUUGUGGUCGCCUACAACGACGAAUAAGGUGACGCCGCAGCUUGUGUCGAUGAAGGCUGUUGAGUUGCUAGUUAUUGGGCUGCGCAAAGCUGGCAAUAUUGAUGUCCUGCUUGACCAGCAGACAGUCUCACAGCUAGUCGAAAUUGCCACAACAUCGGACCAACGUCUGAAGAACAAGGAGGGAGGGUCAGAAGACGAAGCAAUCCUACUCAUGGUUCUCUCAAUGCUCGAGUCGGUCUCAGCCACAAGACAGAAACAAGUCACAUGGCCUACUGCCGUCCUUGAGCGCAUCGCAGGCUUCAUGCCCCGGUUCCUUCAUACCGACGCAGCAGCUUCGACUAUGCUAGCCGUCAAACUCUGCAUGAAUCUCACCAACAACAAGCCCAAAGCCUGCCAAUCCUUCUCAGCAAAGACAUUUGUGCAACCGCUCAUACUCUCCAUUAUUGAGCGAUUCCAAUCGCUCAAUUCAGGAGCAGCAUCUGAGAAGCGGACAGAGACUUUGGAAAGUCUGAUUCUGAGUUUAGGCGCUACUAUUAAUCUCGCCGAGUUCAGCGAUGAAAUGCGGCUCAACACAGACAACGACGACGAACAGAGUAUACAAGUGUUGGUUAAGAUAUUCCUUGAGGGCUCGGAGAGGGCGUCACAGGCCAAGUCCGUCGAAGAAUCACAUUCUGGAGUCGCAAUUGGAUAUCUCGCUGUACUUCUUGGCAAUCUUUGUCUCAACGACUCGAUGCGAUCUAAGAUUCAGACGUUGCUACCGGACAAGCAGUUGAAUGUGCUGAUUGAAAGUAUCAAAGAGUUUGUGCGUGUGCAUGAGCAUGUUGAUAAGCGGACGGAGGAAUUUGAGGGACAAGAGGGACAAGAGGCGUUGCAGACGUAUACGGCGCGUCUGAUGCUUGUGGUGGAGAGAUUGGCAAGAGCGGCUUGA